AUGGGAGAAGACGAAAAGAUUGCAUGUUAUGUUUCUAAGGUGCAGAAUCUUGUUCAUCUCAUGAAAAAUUGUGGUGAAACCAUAACUGAUAAGAUGAUAGUUGAGAAGGUAAUAUGUACGUUAACCUCUCACUUUGAUCACGUUAUAGUUGUUAUUCAAGAAUCCAGCAAUCUUGAAACACUGAUGUUGGAAGAUUUGACUGGUUCGUUGGAGGCGCGUGAGUUGAGAAUUGUUGAAAGAAAGGGCAUUCAACAUUCGAUAGGGGCACAACAGGCUCAAACAUGGAAGAAGCGUGGUGCUUCUAACAAGUUCAAAGACAAGACUCAAAGUAAGAAGUCUUGGUCAAACUCUCAGAAGCAUAAGGUCGAUUCUGAAUCCUCCAAAAGAGGAGAAGGAACUUCGACUAAUAAAGAAGAAAAGAAAGUUGUAAAUGAACAUGUCAACUCCAAGACCUGGUUCCUCGACACAGGUUGUUCGAACCACAUGACUGAUCGAAGAAAGUGGUUAAUAGAUUUCGACAAAUCGAAGAAGAGCAAGAUAAAACUUGUAGAUAAUAGCUCGUUGCAAGCAAAAGGUACAGAUGAAAUAAUUAUUCAGAGGAGCAAUUAUGGAAAAUCUAUGAUCAAAAAUGUACUCUACGUACCUAGAAUGAAGUGCAAUUUUCUUAGUGUGGGACAAAUGGUCGAAAAAGGUUUCUCAGUCGUGAUGAAAAAUGGACCCUUAGAACUGUUCGACACAAAGAAUAAUUUGGUCUUAAAGACUCCUUUGUAG